AUGAAAUACCAUCAAAAUAUAUUACUGAUAUUAAACUUGAAAAUACUGAGAUAUUAUAAAACACAAUACACAUACUACAAUAAUAGUAAUAUUUAUUAUAAUAAUAAGUUCAUUAUGACUCAAAUUGGUGUUGUUCAAUAUAAAUAUAAUCAAAAUAAUGCAUAUAAUGAAUUUGAAAAUAUUAUUAUUGAUAGAUUUGAUGAUAUGAAAUUGAAAUUAGAAAUAUUAUUAAUAUUAAAAGUAAAAAAUGACAUAUUUGAUUCAAAUGAUAUUUAUGAAUUGAAUAAAGAUGAUAAUAACAUUCAAUAUAAUAAAAGAAGUGAUAUUACAAUUCAUGGUACUAAAGAUAUUAUUACAACAUGUGUUUUAUAUAUUGAAAAUAGAUGUGAUAAAAGAAUGAAGAAAUAA